AUGUGUUUGACUUUUGUCCCUGGAGAACAGCAGGUGGUUCUAUGUACUGACGAAGCAUUCACAUAUGAUUAUGUCUUCGACCCAUCUACUGAGCAAGAGAACCUGUGUUUCUCCCCGGUUUUGGCUUAUGGUGAGACAGGAUCUGGGAAAACAUACUCCAUGGGAGUGGCUUACAUAGCUGACAAAGAGAACGAUCCCACUGUCAGAAUCAUCUCUCGGGCAAUAAAGCUUCUCUUCCAAGAAAUGAAAGAGUGGUCAGAGUGGCAGUCUUCCCUGAAAGUCUCUUAUUUGGAGAUCUACAACGAUGACAUCUUAGAUCUCUUGGCACCAUUGAAAAGGAAGAAACCUUCAAUCAGCAUUCGUGAAAAUCCGAGGGGAGGCAUCAAGGUUGUGGGGCUAACUGAGCACGUGGUGAAGUCUGCUGAAGACAUCACCCAGUGCCUGGAGCGGGGGAACAACUCCCGAACAGUGGCUGCCACGGCCAUGAACACCCAGUCAUCACAAACUCAUGCCAUCUUCACCAUGACCAUUGGACAGAAAAGCAAGAGUGAUAAGAACACCAUUUUGCAUUCCAAGCUGCACUUUGUAGACCUUGCUGGUUCAGAAAGGCAAAGCAAUACAAAAGCAGAAGGUGUUAGACUGUGGGAAGGGAUCAGCAUCAACAAAACACUCCUCUGCCUGGGGAACAUCAUCUGCGCUCUUAGGGAGGAAACGAAGAAGGGCAAUUUUGUCCCUUAUAGAGACUACAAGUUAACACGCCUUUUGCAAGAUUCCUUGGGAGGCAAAUCAUGUGUGAGCCCAACAGAUUUGAACCUCAAAUACACUUUGAAUACUCUUCACUAUGCUGACAGGGUCAGAAAAAUAAAGAACAAGCUGAUAGUGAAUACUGACCCUCAGGCAGCAGAGAUUGCCAGGCUAAAGCAGCAGGUCCAACAGCUGCAGGUCUCACUGCUGCAGGCUUGCACAGAGACCCUUCCAGUGCCUAUUGGUGGUGAGCCCUCAGAAAACUUACAAUCUCUGAUGGAGAAAUUAAGCUGUAAUGUCACUGAAACAGCAGGCCAGAUGACCCAGAUACAAGAAAUAAUUGUGGAAGAAGAUAGGAACACCAUAAGAGAGGUUUUGAAGGAGAACCAGGAGCUCUGCAAAUAG